UGCCUAUUGUAGUUUAGACGGCAUUUAUGGCGCUCUGAUAUUUCGGUAUUGGUAAAACAUGUAGUAGACGAAUAAAACGGAGUAAAAAAUAGGAUGGGAAAAGUUGAUUCACCAACAAAGCCUGUUGAUGAACUAGAAGAAUGUGAUGUCUGUGGAGAUCAACAUGAUACCUCACAGUGUCCACUUUUAAAAGCUGUUAAAAAAGUAAGAGACGUGCCUGUUCCUUCCAGAGCUAGACUUACUUUGCCAGAGAAUUUAAAAUUGAUAAAAAGGAAUGGAAAAUUUUCUGUUCUUACAAAAGCAAAUAUACCAUCAGGGACACAGUUUGGACCAUUAGAAGCUCCAACUUGUAAUAAAUUGAUUGAUGGCAUUGACUUUCCAUUACUGGUAUUUUCAAAAGGAAAUUAUGAUGUUCUUGAUACAACUGAUGAAAAUAGAUGCAAUUGGAUGUGUUAUUUAUCAGUUAAAAAUGAAAAAGACGCAAAUCUUAUUGCUUAUCAAGUAAACAAAAGCAUUUAUUUUAGCACACAAAAAGAACUACUUGAAGGAGAAGAGUUGAAAUUAGCAUAUUCAGUUCCCUAUGGUAAAAGAAUAGCUUCAACAGGAAUAAAGAAGCUAGUACAGAAUCUUAAACUGUCAUCAAAUAUUUUUGAAGAUAAUGAUGAAAAUACGAUUUCACCACCUAAAAGAAAGCGAGGAAGACCUCGUAAAGUACCACAAACAUCUCCAAUAAACAAUGAACCCUCAAAAACACCUGAGAAGGAAGAAAAAAUCUCAAAGGCCAAAGCUUUAGGUAUUAAAAAUGAAAAGGAAAAAUGGAUUUGUUCUCAGUGCACCCAAAUAUUUUUUGAUUGUAUAGAGUUUGCCAAACAUUUACAAAGUCAUUAUAAGCCAUCAAGAAAGAGAAGAGCUUGUUCAGAAUUUUCACAGGACCAACAAUAUUGUGAUAAAGAAAAAGAAGUUAAUAAUAUAUUACAAGAUAAUGAAAAAGUUAAUGAUGAAACUUUAGAACAUAAUGAAGUAGAAACUAAUAGUAAUUUGACAACUUCAGAAAAUGUACACAAUAAACCUUCAAAAAAUAAUUCAGAAAAUGAAAUAACUGAAACAGAACAAGAAUCUAGUCAUUCCACGCAGGACACUAAGAGUACUGAUACAAUUCAAGAAGAAGAAGAAGUAAUAAAAACUCGGCCUACUCUUCAAGAUGAGAAUACAACUCCUAAUGAUAUUACUGACAAUAGUAUGAAGAAGAGGAAAAGUGAAAUCAUUAAAGAACAACAACAACAAUUUAAAGAAAAAAAAUUUGAAAUUGUAUCCAGAAAAAUUUCUCAAUCAGCAUUUGGAAAAUAUAAUCUUAGGAGUAGAAGGAAAGCAUUAAUUUUAAUUGAUGGACCUAAUGACAAAGAAGUAUCAGAAAGUGAUGAUGAUGAUGACGAUGAUGAUGACGAAGAUGAUGAUGUUGAUGAAAGUAAAGAGGAAGAAUAUCCAUAUAUUGAAGAUGGAAUAAAAAAAAAGAAAUAUAUGCAUAAUGAUUCCGAUACAUCAGAAGAAGGUGAAAGUAAACCGAAACUAAGAAAGGCUUAUUCCAGAAAAGUUAGAUUAUAUAAAUGUGAUUUGUGUAAUAAAUCAUUUGAUAAAACAAUUUGCCUUUUUCGUCACAUAAUAAAGCACACCGGAAAGUACAUGUGCAAGAAAUGCCAUAAAGCAUUUGCUCGAAAAGAAAAUUUGCUUAAACACAGUUGUUCGGCAGGAACUAAUUUGCCUAGUGAAACUGAAAGUGAAAAUGAAACUGAUAAUAGAAAAAAUAGAAUUGAAUAUCCUUGUGAGUAUUGCAAAAUGUCAUUUUUCACAGAAAAGCUUUUGGAAAGACAUAAAAUAAAACACACUGGUGAAUUCACUUGCACUGAAUGUAAAAAAAGUUUUGCUACAAAGGAAAUUUUGACAAAUCAUAUUUGCCCUAUGAAGCCAAAUGUUGAAGAAUUCACUUGUACUAUCUGCAGUAAAACUUUUUCUAAAGAAAGAUACUUGUUUAAACAUUUACCAGUUCAUACAGGGAAACAUUCUUGUCCUAUAUGUGGAAAGUGGCUGAGUUCUUUAGCUUCUCUUACCAAUCAUAUGAGAAUAUGUGGUCAAGUUAAAGAAAUUGAAGUCAGUGGUCAAGCAAAAUGCCCAAAUUGCAAUAUGAUAUUUACAGACGUGGCUGAAUUUAGACAUCAUCAAUAUGAGCAUACACAUCUUUUUGCUUGUGAGACAUGCGGUGCACGAUUUCGUCAAAGAUUUUCCCUAAAACUUCAUGUUUGUCAGGGUAAAGAUUUAAUCUGUGAUGUUUGUAAUAAAAUUUUUGUUAAUAAUGAAAGUUUACAACGGCACAAAUCCAAUCAUGGCAAAACAGUUUAUAAGUGCACAGAUUGUGAAAAAACUUUUCAUUGGAAAGAUUCCCUUUUAAAACAUUCUUGCAAGAAACCAGACAUUGUUACUUCAUCUAAUUUAAAGAGCUCAAACUUAAAGCCAUUAAUUUGUGAUAUUUGUGGCUCAAGUUUUUCUUGUAACAGUAGUUUAAAAAUCCACAAAACUAUUCAUGGCCAAAAGAAUUUUUCUUGUGAAGACUGUGGGAAAAAAUUUCAUAGGAAAGAUAUGUUAACUCAGCAUCAAGCUGUACACAGAGAACCAACUUAUCGUUGUCCAACAUGUAAUAAACUCUUUAAAACAAAGAGAUCUUUGUGUACACAUGAGAUGAUACAUGAUGGAGUGAAACCAUUUAAAUGUGGAAAAUGUGGAAAAGAAUUUUUUCAGAAGAAGAAUUUACAUAGACAUGAAGAGACUCAUAAUAAUAAUAGAAAAGGCUAUAAAUAUGUUUGUUCCAUUUGUCAAAAAUCUUUUAUUAGCUUAGAGUAUCAGUAUCUUCAUCUCCUUGAACAUUCAAAAACCUGUGGAGUUUGUGGACGUACUUUUCUGAAGGUAUUAACUAAUAUUAACAAAAUAGAUUAA